ACACGGAGCAGCUACAAAGUCAAAGACCGGACUUAUUACUCCAUCGGGCAAUUCAAGUCGAACGCUCGCUAAGAAUUUGACAGUUUGUAAGCCAUGCGAGUAAUAAAGAAUAAAACAACCCAAACAUUCACUUAUGCCUGUAACUUGUUUGAUCAAUGGUAGAUUUGAUUUUGGUAGGGAUGAAUGAUGAUUCUUCCCCAAUUUACAAUGGGAACGUGGAGAGAGAGACAAAGAGGAGACUGAUUUGACAUAGACUACGUUAGGCGCACAUGCAGAAAGAGACAAGAGAAGCGUAGAAAGAAGGUACCCACUCUAUGAAAGCCAAACAUCAAUAUAGGACAGCUAGCCAGUCAUGGCAGUCUGCCAAGAUCCAGACAGAAAUUCAUAAAGUUUCUUUUUUUAAAGAUAAAGCAGCAUUAUUUUCCUUUUCUUUAAUCAUUUAUCAAGAUCAAAGAAGACCCACUCACCAUCUCCGAUCCCCUCUCUUUUCUCUCUUUUUUAUUCAUUUUCUGGUUCUUGUUAGUCAAUCUUUGCUUCUUUACGUAUAGACCGACAUAUAGUAAAUCUGAGAGUUCUGGGACCUCUCAGUUUUAACUUACCUUCUGGGUCAGAAUAGUUUUGUAGGUAGAUCGUCUUUCGUCUAUAUAUACACAUACAUGUAUAGAGAGUGAAAUAAUUGCGUUUUUGACGUUUGUGUGUAUCAGUCAGCGUGUCAGGUAAUUUAUUCUCUUAGCUUUCUUCUUCUUGCAUUCCACUAAUGUCAUUCUGUUCUCUGGAUUAUGAGUUAUGACAUUGAUGAUCUCUAUGUACUUUCGCCAGAUCUCCUUCAGAUCGGCGCAUUGCAUUCUUCACUCCACAGUCCCUUUCGCAUUUAUUUCCAUCUUAUCUUGUCUUUGAUCUAUCUGUUUCCCUUGUAAUUAAAUUGCAAACUGGGUUUUCUUUCCAUUCUAAUCUGAGGGAAGAAAGUAAAAGAAUCUUGAAGUUAUGAUUUUUAUUUCCAGAUUCAAGAAAGUCAGAUGUUUUAUUUGGUUUUCUUAAAUACCCUUUUUACAGAGAGUAAAUAUUACUGUUUUGACUGCUUAAUGAGGGGUAUUAAUGAAGGAUCACAGUGUAAAUUAUGGUAAAUUUUAGGAGUGGUGUGUUAAGGUAACUGAUGAUCCAAAUAGAGAAAGAGAUUGUGAUUGCGUAGGACUGUAUUGAAUGUUGUUUUUCCUUAUCUGCACAUGGUUUCCGUUAGGUACGCGAUUGAUUAGCUCGGUUUCAACAAACUUUUCCGCUGAUUUAUUAUACUACUAGUGUCGGUCAAAAAGGUUCCGCACUUGGACGCCUGCUUUUCUAUAAAGGCUUUCUGCACUCAUUGUGUACUGUACACCUUCAAAAGAAUUACGGAGUAUUAGUUUGCUGGCUUUUGGGUUUUACUGUUCUUUUUGUAUAUAGAUAGAUCCUGUUUGUUAUUGGUAAACUUCAUUUCAAUCGAAUAAGUAUGUCAAAAAGGUACUUAUUCUGAUGCUGAUAAGAGAAUAAUAAGUAGAAUAAGCCGAAGAGGGGGCAUUUUUACAGUCCAGUUGGCUAAUUUCGUUUUCCGGCUGGACAGAUAGUUGAUAUACAUUUGGGGCAGGAUGAAGUAUAAAGAUGGGAAACCCAUUCACAAACAAAAUUCCAGGAAAGUUCCAAUGGCGCUAUUGCUUGUGGUGCUGUGUGGGGUUUCGUUUUAUCUCGGUGGAGUCUUCUAUUCCGACAACGGGAGUUAUUCAUCAACUAGUAACAAUCAUGUCUCCAAGGAGGUUGUACCUCUCAAGGGUAAUGCUGACACCACUUUGAUUCCCGAAUGCAGUCCUGACUUCCAGGAUUACACUCCAUGCACAGAUCCCAGGAGAUGGAGGAAAUAUAGUCUUCAAAGGCUAACUUUCAUGGAACGCCACUGCCCUCCUGCAUUUGAUAGGAUGGAAUGUUUGGUCCCUCCGCCGGAUGGCUAUAAGGAGCCAAUCAGAUGGCCAAAGAGCAAGCGUGAAUGUUGGUACAGAAAUGUUCCAUAUGAUUGGAUCAACAAGCAAAAAUCUAAUCAGCAUUGGUUAAAAAAAGAAGGGGAGAAGUUCCUAUUUCCUGGAGGAGGAACCAUGUUUCCCAAUGGAGUUAGUGAAUAUGUUGAUUCCAUGGUAAGUUUGAUUCCUGGAAUGAAAGAUGGUACGAUCAGGACUGCCAUUGACACUGGAUGUGGGGUAGCAAGCUGGGGAGGGGAUUUACUGGACCGUGGGAUACUAACAGUCUCACUAGCGCCAAGAGAUAAUCACGAGGCUCAAGUUCAGUUUGCUUUAGAACGUGGGAUACCUGCCAUUCUGGGGAUCAUUUCUACACAACGACUUCCUUUCCCUUCUAGCUCCUUUGAUAUGGCUCACUGUUCGAGAUGCCUUAUUCCAUGGACUGAAUUUGGGGGGACAUAUCUUCUAGAGAUACAUCGCAUACUACGUCCUGGAGGGUUUUGGGUCCUCUCGGGUCCACCAGUGAACUAUGAAAACCGAUGGAGAGGAUGGAACACCACAAUUGAAGCGCAGAGAUCAGAUUAUGAGAAACUCCAAGAUUUGCUAACUUCAAUUUGUUUCAAACUGUACAACAAGAAGGACGACAUUGCCGUGUGGCAGAAAUUAUCAGAUAAUAGUUGCUAUAAGCAUCUUGAAAGUCCCGACAACUACCCUCCAAAAUGUGAUGACAGUCUUGAACCUGACUCAGCAUGGUACACACCACUGCGGACAUGUGUUGUAGUGCCAACUGUAAAGGGCAAGAAAGUAAAUUUGGAAUCGCUUCCCAAGUGGCCCGAAAGGUUGCAUGUUGCCCCGGGGCGGGUUCUUGAUGUUCGUGGAGGAAAUGAAGCUGUCUUUAGACACGAUGAUAGUCUGUGGAAGAAACGAGUGAAGCACUACAAGAAACUGCUUCCUUAUCUUGGGACUGAUAAGAUCAGAAAUGUCAUGGACAUGAACACAUUGUACGGAGGUUUUGCUGCUUCGCUUGUCGAUGAUCCUUUGUGGGUCAUGAACGUUGUUUCUUCUUACGCAGUAAAUACACUUACUGUGGUGUAUGAUAGGGGUCUCAUUGGUACUUAUCAUGACUGGUGUGAAGCCUUUUCAACUUAUCCUAGAACAUAUGAUCUCCUUCACGUUGAUGGCCUCUUCACUGCUGAAAGCCAUAGAUGUGAAAUGAAGUAUGUGCUCCUAGAAAUGGAUAGGAUAUUGCGGCCCAAGGGGUACGCAUUGAUUCGCGACUCCACUCAGUACAUUGAUUCCAUCGCGGCCAUUGCUAAGAGGAUGAGAUGGAGCUGCCGUAAAGAAAAUACAGAGGACGGGGGAGGAAAUUCAAAGGUAUUGGUUUGCCAGAAGGAGCUCCGCCAUUCUUAGCCGCGCGAGUUCACCAUGUGCAGGUUUCCGUCAAGUCUCUGGGAAGAAGAUGUAAUUUACAUACAGAAGAAGUGUAAGUGCGCUGAACUGGUCGGUCAUAUAGAAAAAGUCGAUAUUUUUUUCAUCUAUAGAAUUUCUUAUUUUCCGUAAAGAAAGUCUCAAUAAGGAAUGUAUUUCUGAUAUUCUCCAGUUUUGGUGACCUCCAAUAUAAUUUUGGCGAGGCUGGGUUGUUGACUUUUGGUGUCGCUGUUUCUUUUUUUGAAUGAGUAGCGUUGCUCUAUCUAAA